GUGUGGUGUGUCUGUGUGGUGGUGGUGUCUCUCUCUCCCCGACUCGCUUUCAAUCUCGAACUGUGAUCGUCUCUCUCUCUCUCUUCCUCAAAAGUGUCAACGAAGGUAAUCUCGCAGAUUCUCUUAUGUUUGUUUCAACUUCUCAUUGCGGUUUAGGAUUCUUAUAUUCAUUCAAAACCAUCUUCUCCUUUUUCUUCUUCUUCUUGUUCGCUGCUUCAAAUUCAGCUUCUGGCAGUGGGCUCCAAUCACUUUUCCAUUAGCAAAAAAAGAAUCCACUCGGGAUCGAUUUUUGGCAAUGGCAAUGGAUAGUUGGUGUCUUCUUGAAGAUCAGGUUAUUGAAAUCCUCGUGAGAUUGCCUGUGAAAUCUCUCGUGCGGUUCAAGUGUGUUUGCAAAAGAUGGUGCGCUCUCACAAGAAACCCUAGCUUCAUUGCCGUGCAUCUCAAUAGUAAUUCUAGUAAUAGUCUGGUCAGUUGGAAUGAAAAUACUGAUGGUCUCAUAGUGGGACAUGACGGCUAUCAUGUGUUACCCAAGUUUUGGUUUGGUGAGCAACCCGUGGAUCUAACUUUUGGUUGCACGACGAAACCAGAUAGUGUCUUUGGUCUGUGUGAUGGCAUAUUUUGUUUAUACUGGUAUUCUCAUGAUAGAGGAACGGGACGUCCUUUCAGACAACCUAGCAUUGUGCUAUGGAAUCCUGCAACAAGGGAAGUGAAUAUGCUCCCCAAAUCGUUGUUCGACUUCCCACCAUAUAAGCCGGUCAGUUAUUGCAUGGUAGGGUUUGGUUUUGAUGGCAAAGCUAAAACUUACAAAGUCAUUAAACUUGUAUCUUUCGAGGUAGGGGAUGACGAGGUUAAUUGCGCUGAGGUGUACACGUCGAGUUCUGGUUGUUGGAGGUUCCUCCCAAUCUGUGGUAAUUUCCAAGAUGUAGAACUUUGUUUUACGGAUAACAGCAUGUACACCAAUGAUGGUGUUUUCCACGGCAGUUGCUUCAUUUGACAUGGGUGAAGAGGUUUUUAGAGUGACACCUCUGCCAAAAAAGUUCAACUUGUUCCCAUAUACUGAUGACCGAAGAAAAUUCCACAGCAAAAAUUGCUAAGGGACUCACUGGUAGUUAUCUGUUCUUUCUAUGAGGAUGGGUGUACAACAUUUGUGCUCUGGUUGAUGAAGGAGGUUGAUGAUGAUGAUCCGGAAUCCAGCUGGUUUCGUGUAUCCGGUUUUGUGUAUCCACUUGGGGACCCCUUCCUGGGUUUUAUACCUCCCUGGGAUUCUGGCAAAACAAUGAGCUUCUAAUCCGAACUGGUUGUAGCACGUUAGAUCGCCCUUCUUGUAUGACAUUGUUACCCAAAAACGUGGGAAACUUACGCUUUCUGGUGAGCCGAAUUUUAUCUACAAGCAGAGUCUAGCUUCAGUGAGGGGAGGAAAUUAAUGAAAACCUGCUCUAUUGAAUAUUUGGUGAAUCCAUGCUCUCAUACUUGUUUUUUUGGUUUUCAUCUUUCAGAGGAUGAUUUAACUGUAAUGUUGGGUUAAUAUUAGGUUGGGUAAUGUUAUGUUUUAUUAGUGUCCUAAGCAAUGGGCAUACUUGGUGGUGUAAUAAAAUUCCUCGUAUUGUUGUC